GCGCUCGUCUGCACCCCCUCGUGCACUCGUACGCCCCCUCACGCCCUUCUGCACCAGCGCCCCCCUAAUCUUGGGUUUCUCUCUGGGAAGAAUGAUGACAGUGAAUAAGGGGGAACCGCGGGCGGAGACCUUUCCCACGUUACUUCAUUCAUAGCUUCCCCCACCCCCGCCCCCGGCUCCAGUCUCCGAGGUCGGUAGACGCCAGCCCUGGUUCCGCGGGCGGCGCCCGCUCAGUGCCCCUGGACACGAUCCCCGAGCUCCCCAGGGGAGCUCGAGGGGAGACGCUUCUCCCUGGGGUGCCUUUUCUGACGCUGAAAGCCCGCGUGCUGGACAAGGCCUCAAGUGCGGGCUGGACCAGGUGUGGCCCUCUGUGCAGUCAGGAGCCCUGUGAUAUACACACAAGCCGAGGUCUCCCCUCUGUUCCGGCAAGUUCCCGGUAGGACCUGAGCGCGCUGACCUGCCCCUGGCCCAAGGGCCCCUGCAGACCCCAGCGGUCACGGGGGAGGAGGGCUCUUCUUGGAAUCUGCGUCCUCAGGAAUGUCCUGCUUUGGGGCCAUUGCCUCAUCCUCACCCCGUUCUCAUGGUGGAGAACAAGGACUGGAAUGCGACCGUGGCCACCUGCUUCCUGUGCUGGCAGAAGGAAGUCCCCAGGAGCCAAGCCUGGGUGGGGUGGAACGCUCCUGGCAAUGACUGAUCUCGUUGCUGUGUCUGUAGUGCUGCCUCUUCCGAACGGGGAACAGCUGGAAUCGUAUGCUGUGUAGCCUUCCCAGGGGGGCCCAGAGCUGCGCUAGACCAACAGUGAGCACAUAAAUAUUUGCUGGACAAAUGAGGACAGGACGAAAGGAAGGACCCCCGCACUUGCAGCAGAGACGGGUUCCAGGCACAGGGGACGCAGUAAACGUUCUUCAUAGAAAUACCAAGGGGACCUCAGCCAAGCACAGGGGGAAGGGAUCCUGCCCACGCCUGGUCCGCAGGGAGACCGAAGGGCACCGAUCCUCGCGCCUCCCGGAGCCUCGGAGCGCCGACACCCCAGGGAUGCCUGCGCCCCAGAGGACCCCCGCCCGCAGCCCCUGCGUCUUCCCCGGGCCCGUCUGGAGCAUGCUGCCUGCAGCCAUGAAGGGCCUUAGCCUGGUGUUGCUGGCCGCUCUGCUGUGCUCUGCUCCCGCUCAUGGCCUGUGGUGCCAGGACUGCACCCUGACCACCAACUCCAGCCAUUGCACCCCGAAGCAGUGCCAGCCAUCGGACACGGUGUGUGCCAGCGUCCGGAUCACGGAUCCCAGCAGCAGUAGGAAGGACCAUUCCGUAAACAGGAUGUGUGCCUCGUCCUGCGAAUUCGUUAAGCGGCACUUUUUCUCAGAUUAUCUGAUGGGCUUCAUUAACUCUGGGAUCUUAAAAGUAGACGUGGACUGCUGCGAGAAGGAUUUGUGCAAUGGGGUGUCUGAGACCAGGGGCAGCCCCUGGGCCCUGGCCGGAGGGCUCCUGCUCAGCCUGGGGCCCACCCUCCUCCGGGCUGGGCCCUGAAUCCCCUUCCCUCCCGCAGGGCUUCUGAGCUUGUCCCCUGGAGCCUGUGGCUGGCCCCUCCUCAGCCUGGCCCGGCUGGGGCCGGGUGCAGCCUUGGCCUGGCUCCACCAUUGGUGGCCCUCACCCUUCCCUGUCUCUCCACCAACUCCAAGUCCUAGCCCGCAGAUCAUCUCCAGGACACUAGGUGUCGGGUGGGCAGGAGGCCCGGGAGUGAGGGCAGGGGGGCUGGGACCCCCAGGUCUCUGAGGGAAGCCAGGCUGAGCCAGGCCCAGCCCAACAGCCUAGCUGUGAGGGCAUCACCUACAGAGAAAUAAAGUCACUUCUGUGUCCGGAGACCUGGGUCUGAACCUGGGUGUGGGAGGCAGGGGCUUCCUGGCAGAAAGCAGGGAAUGAGGCUCUGAGAAAGAGCAUGGGGCAGGCAGGCACUGGGCCUGUGGGGGCUGUGGGUGCUGGGCUGCCUGGGGGACCUUGGGCCCCCGUGAGGUUUGGGAGCGAUGGGAUGGGGGAGGGUUAGAGUUGAGGUGAACCAGGUCACAGUGUGGGCCUGGGGUCAGGGGGAGCCCUUACAACCAUGCAUGCACUGCGAACACCAGAUGCACACAGUGUUGCUCUGGCACACACAAAUUCAGUGGUGUCCCCUGCGGCCUGCAAGUGGGACACUUGCAUCCACACCCACGCUCACAUUUCCACACGCUCACUCCCACAGGUGUGCACACGCGUGCACAUUACACCAUGUACACCCCACCAGCACGUGGAUUGGCGUGCCUCAGCGUAGACACACCCACAUACGCCCACGUCUCACACACAGUGACACACAGACACACAUGUCCUUGUGUAUGUGACUCCUGUCCCUGCUCUCCCUCGCUCUGUCUGGGCCCCAUGGAUGAUCAGACCCGAGGGCAGCUCCCCUGAGAGCAGCUGGGGCUGCAUUGGGCUCCCCUGAAGCCCUCACAUGCUCGGAUUCUGCCUCUUAACCAGACGCUUCUGGCCCUCACCCUGGGUUGAGCAGCACCUUGGACAGAAUCCUGAGGGCCAGCCCCCGCGUAGGGCUGAGGAAGUCCACCCCUGUGUGGGAUGGCUCAGAGGGACCCCGCGGGGCCUUCGGGUGGGAGGAGGCAGGUCUUAGGGUGCUGCUUCUCCUGGCCUUUCCUGCUCUAGCCAUGGGUCUGUGGUCUCAUCCUUGCCCCCAAGUCCAGCCCAGCCUCCUGCACCCACUGGACAUGCGACUCACCACAUGAUACUCGGCAGCCAAGCCAGGCUUCCUCUGGGGUCAGGUCUUUGGCUAGUUCUUCCUCGUCCCUGUGUGGCCGACCCAGGCCAUGGUCACCCCUUGGUCCUGGGCUCCUUGGAAAGUACAAUGGCUCCACUAAGAGCUGGCCUUGACCUCCAUUCCAGGCUCAUCUGAUGAGCCAUGGAGAGGUAUCUGGGGUCCAGGGUGAGUGAACCAGAGAGGACAGUUGGGUCACUGGAGACUGCUGUCAACUUCCUGCUGGUGGAAAUAGCCGAGGGACAUGUCCGAGGGUCGUCUCUGCUCUGUUUUAAGUUUGCUCUGAUGCUCUGCGAUGUACCCCAUCCUGCCCCCACCCAAACCUCAGUAAAGUGUGCUACCCAC